AAAAUGGCAGCCAGGAAUGAGAUCCAGUUUGAAAAGUUAAUUGAUGAAGCUACAAGAAAAAAAGAUUUCCAAUUAUUAGAACAGUUUCUGGCAACAGAAGACUCUGGAAAUGUCUCUCACAAAUGCAGCAAACAGUUUGUCAACAAAUUAGACAAGCUUUUGUGUCGGGAACUUGACAAACAAGAAGUCAGAAGUGUUUCCACUUUACUAAAUUCUAUUCAGAAAUACGGGAAAAAAAUCAGCAUAGCAGGAGAAGAUGGGCUCCCAGCAAUGAUAAAAUACGGUCUUAUUGGAAGGAUGGUUAAUUGGUUUGAAAAGGUAAAAGGAAUUUUGAUCCUCAGAGGAAAUGAAAAGAACGAAAUGCUUACAAGCCUGGCUGAAGAUUUCUUCACCGUGUUGCUGGCUAUAUGUGAUGGCAGACCUGAAGGUAAAAUGCAAAUACUAGAAAACUUUGUUCUGAGAACAUGUACCCUCAUCACUGAUGUAAGAAUUAGUAUUUAUGUUCAGCAGGAGGUAGUAAGAAAACUUAAUUUAAUGCUUGACAACAUGCCUCGAGAUGCCAGGAAAAAGAUAUUUUCUACAAAGGAGAUGUUGCUUGUCAUGAGUGACAUGGGGAGGAGAAUUUUGGAUGCUGGAGACUAUGACCUGCAAGUAGCCAUUACAGAAGCUUUAUGCAGAAUGAUAUCAGAGAAACAAAGAGCAGAACUGGCAUGCCAGUGGUUUUCCAUGGAGUUUGUGUCCAAUGCAUUUAAAGGAAUUAAAGAUUCUGAGUUUGAAACAGAUUGCAGAAAAUUUCUUAACCAGGUGAAUGGCAUGCUUGGAGACAAAAGAAGGGUUUUUACAUAUCCGUGUUUAUCAGCAGCUCUUGAUAAAUAUGAGCUACAGAUACCAUUGGAUGAAAAUCUUGAAGAAUUUUGGAUUGAUUUCAAUGUUGGUAGCAGAAGUAUAUCUUUCUAUGUGGCAGCAGAUGAUGCCGAUCAUCAGUGGGAAACAGUCGUUAUACCAGAGGAAGAGGUAGACCUGUACAGCCUUGAAGAAAAAGAUUCAAAGAAAUUAUUAACAAUAGCCCUAAAAAGCCCAAUGAAUGUGGGUAAUCAAGAAGGAGAGAAAUUUUUUUUAUAUUUUGAUUCUAUCUUGGAAAUCAAAGAUGUAACCAGAAAGAUUUAUGGAUUUAGUAAAUGUAAGGACUUUAGUAAGAAGCAGUCUGCAUCAGUUGCCAGAACAGCUGUACGUGUCGUCUUUGAUGAAAGCGGAUCACAGGUUCUGGUACCAGAAAGUCAGUUGUCACCAUGUUUGGAAGAAAAAUCUGAAGAAGAGGGAAAACUCAGUAAGUACAAACCUGAGCAGCUCCCUGGAACUUUGAGGACUCGGAAUAAAAAUAACAAUCAAGAAAAAUGCAGAGGUGGUUCCUCCAAGAUAACUACAUCUUGUAAAAGGAAGGUGUCUGAAGCAUCCGUGCUUAUUCCUGGAACUACAAGAUUUUCCACAAGGAGUCCACUGGUAUUUGUUAGCACAUCCACUCCUUGUAAAGGACGAUUUAAAUUACCUUUGGAGAUGAUGAGCUCUGCUGAAAGGUCUAACAAUAAUGCAAUAAAUGAGACCAGAACAAAGAAUUUCUAUCAAGAACGUACUGGACAAAUGUGUGCUGAAGAAGUUUUAGAAAUGAUACAAGAGGCAGAAAUUGAGGCAACACAAAAGCAAACUUUAGAUGAAGCGUUAGAUAUUGUUCCUGAUUCUCAGCCAGUAGGGAGAAGCAAGAAACCUUCGCUGCCUGGUCUUUUGGAGAGUUCCUUUGAUAAAACCAAAACGUGGAAAAAAAGAGCAUGCUCUGUUCCUGAGAGGAAUAUAACAACUGGUAACAAGCAAAAGCUAAAUCCGUCAUUGGCACGUACAUCCCAUCCAGCUAACGUUUCCGAAACAUCUUUGCAUUCUGAUUUUACAAAAGAGGAACCUGAUGGUCUCUUGAGAAAAGAGCCUGCAAAUCCAAAACAAUCAAAGAUGAAAACAAAGUCUAAAGAAAUGACAGAUGCAACAAAAUCACUAAUUAGUAAAAUCAGUGACAGAUAUAAAGUAAAGACUGAUGAGAAAAGCAAAGCAAGAGACUCCUUGGGUUUUUACAGGCCACAUUUAAAUAAAUCCUGUGUCUCUAAGGAAGAAGUUCAGGAUAGAAACCUGAAAACUACUACUUUUCUUAAUAUAACUGCUGGUCAUAUUAUGGAUGAUGUCUACAACUUUAACAUCAGUGGGUUUGAUCAGCCUACAAUAAAGCUUGGAAUCCAAGAAUUGAAAGUUACUGAACUGAGUGUUCAUACAGAUCCAAACAAAAAAGGGAACGCAGAUGACAGUAAAACUAGCACUGAAGUGAAAGGGAGAAAAAAAACUAGAAACAAUCAAAACAAGAAGCAUCUCUUUAGUGACACAGACACAGAAUACAGAGGCGAUGACAGCAAGACAGACGUUAGUUGGCUACAAGAAUCAAAUAGAAAAUCUAAAGCCCAGUUAAUUGAUUACAGUAGAAAUAAAAACUUAGGGAAACCAGUAAGCACAGACAAAACAGAUAAAUUCUCUGAACCUGCUUGCCGCAUGGAUAAACCUAAAGGCAAAAAUGCAAAUAAGAAAAAGAUAAACGAAUGUAAAAAACAGAAUUCAAGAACUGAUGAAACGGUAGAACAAACCACCAGACAAAAACGACCUCGAAGAGCAGCAUUAGCAAAAAAUUACAAAGAGCCUUCCAGUUCAGAGUCAGAGAGUGAAAGCAAAUCUUCAGCAUGUACCUCUAAGGAGGAGAAAUCAAAAAUACAGAAGCAUAUGAAUGGGGAAAACAAGGAUGAUAAUCAGGAGAAGGAACUCCAGAAUAUUGUAUCUGUGGAGCCAAAGAGAGUAGCUAACUAUGUACAUAAAGAGUUUAUUAAAUCAAAGAAUUCUGCAGAACAAAAGGAAUUUGAAAUGCCUUCAUCCGAGAGUCCUGCAUCUCUUGAGACAAUGAGAUGUGCUGAAAGAAUAUCAGAAGGAGAUGUUACUCAAGAGCAUACUUAUAGUGAAAGAUCACCUGGUCUUCAGGAGUCAACACCAGAAAAAAGGGAAAUGUUAAACUUUGAGAAAGGAAUCUCUCCCAAUAAUUUCUGUCCAGAAAAAGAAAAUAUUCAAAGUAUAUGUCUAAAUCAGUCCCCUGAGACGACUGGUAAAAAGUUAACAUUUGGAAAUAAAAGUUUCUCACCAGUUUUAACUGAAGCAUCUUUGCUCAGCUUAACGACAUAUAAAACUGUCAGUGGAAAACAUGCAAAGGGAUCUGUAUUUGAAACACGUGAUAAUAAUGAAGAUUCAAGUUUCAGACAUUGCUUUUCAGACACACUUUCUAUUAAAGGAAAACUACAAGAUAUCACUAAACCUAUCACCAAAACUAAAGAAGAGGAUUGUGUACCGCCAUCUCCAUUGUCUGUUUCCAGUGGAAGUAAAGUACAGUCUUGGAGUGAAGAACCUUAUGGCCCCAUACAUGAGUCAGGACCGACUAUACAGACAUUUCUCAAACGAAGGUACCACAGCGAUACAGAAAGCAAUUCUGAUGAAGUAGAAACAACCAAAGAGGAGGAAAAGGAAGGAAACAGAAGAACAAAGUUACAGCCUAGAAAAUUAUUUAAAACAGAUGAUGCUGUUACUUACAGAGUGUCUGAAAGCAUAUCUACAGUAUCUGUAAAUGAUGUGUCUGUUUUGGAUGGGGAAAUCUGGGAACCUGGUUGUUCAGCUAUCAGUAUAUGUCAGAAGCUCCAAAAAGAAUUUACUAAGAAAAUUGAGAGCCGCUCACAGAAAAUGGAUCAUUUUACUAAGCAAUCAUUAAGAGCUGCCCAUGAGCAUUUGACAACAAUGAGUUACCAGCUUCAUGAAUGCAGGAUCAGGCAGCUGGACAAAUUUCAUUUUGCUCUCCUUGAGGAACUUGAGAAUUUUGAAAAAGAUUCUCAGUCCCUGAAAAAUAUGGAAAAAGAAUUCUCGAUCUUUUGGAAAAAACAUACACAUACUUUUAGCACAUACAUGAAAAAUGAGCAACAGAGAAUUCAGAUUCUUAAAACUUCAUUUGAAAAGAACAUCUACCAUACGGUUGACUAUGAAGAACAUAUUUUUACGUCAGAGAUGCAUCUGAUGAAAGAAGACAUAAAAGGACUCCAAGAGAAACUUCUUAAAGAAAUGCAAGAAGAGGAACUGUGUAAUGUUCGCAGAGCAUUGCAGACAUUGUUUCAAUCAGAAGACAGAAUUCUGAAGUAAUGUUUUCAGAUACCUUCCUGAAAUUCAAGGUGAAUAUAAACACUCUUUUAUAAUGUAAAAUUUGACAACUUUUGGUUUUUUUUACACUCAAGGAAACUAUUGUAAUGAAAGCAUAUUUUCCUUAAUAAUAUUAAAAUC